AUGCUUGUUGAUGAUUACUCUGAUUAUCGUCGUCCCAAACGGGCCAAGUUGGAAAAUGAUACUGAAGAAUCUUCAGUAACAACUGUGGCAACUCAGUUGAAAUUAUCUGACAUAUUGUCAUAUGCUCAUAGGAUAAGCUACACUACUUUUGCACCACCUGAAUUUGGUGCUGGACAGGCUCCUCUUCGGGGAGCACUCCCUCCGGCUCCACAGGACGAGCAAAUGCGUGCAUCUCAAUUAUAUAAUUUUGCUGAUCUUGAUGUUGGUUUACCAAAACUAGAUGAAGGCAAAGAGAAGAUUAUUGAGCCACUCAUUGAACCUGCGGUGGAAACUAACCCACUUGCCAAUAUUCAGGGCCUCAUCACUCCAAAUAUUGUAGUGCCAUCUGGAUGGAAACCUGGUAUGCCUGUUGAGUUGCCCACUGACCUCCCACUUCCUCCACCUGGGUGGAAGCCUGGCGAUCCAAUAGCACUGCCUCCAUUUGAUUCUCUUUCACUUCCUCCAAAGGUCGAGGAAGUACCGGCACGACCAGUACCUCCCCCAGGACUGCCAAGAAUGCCCGAACCAAUACAGGUUCGGCAUGUGCAGCUUGAUAUUGAGGAUGAUAGUAGUGAUUACAGUUCUGAUGAGGCCAGCUCUGAUAGUGAAGAUUGAUCUGGUUAGCUGUUUUGAGUCGCUAAUACAGGUUCGGCAUGUGCAGCUUGAUAUCAAGGAUGAUAGUAGUGAUUAUAGUUCUGAUGAAGCCAGCUCUGUUAGUUAAGAUUGAAGUGGUUAGCUGUUUUACGUAAAUACUCUGGGAAAAUCAUGAUGUUAUACCGAAAUACGAGGUUAACCCUUUUAGUUGAUAUCUACCAAUCUCACCUCUAGGAAGUGUUGGAUUCUCAAGCUUUUAGCAUGAUCCAUUUAGAAACACUUAAUCUUUUUGUGCUGAAAGUCUUCAUGAUGAGUUUGAAAUUCUGUAUCUAAUGGCGUGGCAUAAUUGAUUGAUAUGUAUAUAUUUUGGCCAUGUUGUAUCCA